CAAUAGUUCCCAUCAUGCUUGCAUUGGCAACACUCACGAAACACUCGCUUUCGAAUGCAAUCCAACUUUUGCACAUGCACGCCGACAGGAUGACCUUCAUCCGUCGUUCAACGGACCAUCCGAACAUCAAGAUUGGGGUAAGAAAAAUUAAGUAUGCACUGAAUAGUUAUGCGGAUUGUGUUUAAUUCAAUUACUUCAACAAGAGCUGACA